AGAGCAAUCACCAUUACUGUUGCUGCGGCCGGCGGCGACCACGCGCAGUGGGCGGGGCUAACCGGAGUGCGCGGCCCCGCUCUUGCGUGGGCGGGGAUCUUGUGUGACUGUGUCGGUGUGUGUGUGGAGGAGUAAUCGCGUGCGUGGGUGCGCGCGGCCGUGCUCGCGGGGGGAAUUGCUGUUGCUGAGCGAGAGAUUCCCCGUGGACCUCCAACCACAGGGAGAGGAGAGUGCGGGAGGAUGUGCAUUUUUAAACAGCGAGAAGAUUCCAUCUUAAGAUGAUUGCACCAUGGAUAGGUGUAAAUACAUUUUAUAAAGGAACGAUUUGGUCUUAUUUCCCGGAACAUGAAAUCUCACUUCAUUGUGAAACUAAAGGAAACGAUGUUCAGGCUCCUCAUGGAAGGAUCGCAUUAAAAGUUUACUGGCUGCAGUAGUUUCCGCAUGUUGACCAGUAAGAAUGCGGUUCACUGUGAAGAAGGUGUCCUUGGUGAUUGGCUUUGUUGCCUUGGUGGCAUUAGCAGCACAUCUUGGCCAGCAAAUGCUAGAAUGUCAGCAGAUUCUCGAUGAAGGCUAUAGCAAGAAAAAUCGUGGUGUCAUGAAGCCGGAGAGUGAAGAACUAGUUAUGGUAGAUGCCAAUAAUAUAGAGUACAGAUACAGCAAGGAUAUGCCCUUAAUAUUUAUUGGUGGCGUGCCACGAAGUGGUACAACAUUAAUGAGAGCUAUGCUGGAUGCUCAUCCUGAUGUCCGCUGCGGGGAAGAAACACGAAUUAUCCCUCGGAUUUUAGCAAUGAGGCAAGCUUGGUCAAAGUCUGGAAGUGAAAAGAUGCGUCUUGAUGAAGCUGGCGUAACAGAUGGUGUCAUGGAUGCUGCCGUGCAGGCUUUUAUACUGGAAAUAAUAGCAAAACAUGGAGAACCCGCUAAGCUGUUAUGUAAUAAGGACCCAUUUACUUUGAAAUCAUCCGUUUAUCUUUCCAAACUUUUCCCUAAUUCCAAGUUUCUUUUAAUGAUACGGGAUGGACGUGCAUCUGUGCAUUCAAUGAUCACUAGGAAGAUAACUAUAGCUGGCUUUGAUUUAAACAGCUACAGGGAUUGUCUAACCAAGUGGAACAAAGCGAUAGAGAUCAUGUAUGCACAAUGUUUAGAAAUCGGGGAGCACAAGUGUCUACCAGUUUAUUAUGAACAGUUAGUUUUGCAUCCCAAGCAAGCCAUGCACGCCAUUAUUAAAUUUCUAGACAUCCCGUGGAACGAUGCUAUGCUUCAUCAUGAAGAACUUAUUGGAAAACCUGGAGGAGUAUCCCUGUCUAAAACUGAAAAAUCAACGGACCAAGUAAUGAAACCUGUGAAUCUUGAGGCCUUGUCUAAGUGGGUUGGAAAACUCCCUGCAGAUAUUGUAGAUGACAUGCCCCGCAUAGCCCCCAUGCUUGCAAGACUGGGAUAUGAUCCUUUUGCAAACCCGCCAAGAUAUGGUAACCCAGAUGCCAUAGUUGUCAACAACACGCACAGAAUCCUGAAGGGGGAUUUUAAAACGCCAAGCAAUCUGAAAGGAUAUCUUCAGGUUCAUCAGAAUAACUCCUCACACUGGUGACAACAGGAAUGUAGGAUUUGUCCUUACAUGCCAUUACCAAGACAGAAAAUCCUUGAAGUUUUGAAAGGAAACCAUAUUUCCAAGCAUAUUGCUUGCCAAACAUUGCCAAACUGACUGUCUAGAGCGAAUGUAUUUGCACUUGUUUGUAUGCAACAGUGUUUCAAAUCUGUCAGUAAAAAUUGACCUGUAGCUCAUCUUACUUUACUGUGGAAAAGAAGUGAUCUGCGGAUCUUUUACUGAACUUGCAGCCAAUAUUUUCUAAUGAGCCACAAGCGUUUUGUACAACAUUGAAGCACCAGACAUUUAACUGGUUAACAUGUCAUUUAGUUUUCUGUGUGUUGUGACCAAUGAAAAUGACUCCACUUACUUUUUGCAGUAUGUUUUUAAACCAUCACAGAACUUAUGAAAUGAAGGAGUGACUGCUAUAAAUUGUGGGGUUAUUUAACUCAUCUUUGUAUCGUCAACAAAAUGAAACUGGUGCAUCGUAAUAGUCAUUUUGUUCUGAAUUCUGCAAAAUAACAUUAAAAAAAAAAGAAGAAUAUAUAGGUCAUUGCCAUAGAAGUGUUACAAUGGUGACUUUUAAAUGUACUCUUUCAAAUCUCUAUUUAAAAUUUUAAUAUAUGAUCCAUUAAUUUCAUUCAGAGUUUCAAUCUUAUUUCAUUAUAUUAAACUGUUUUAAUGAAGUGCCAA